AUAUGUGCGGAUGAUUCACUGUGGAAUUAUCAUAAAGAUGAAAUAUCGUUAUCGCUAUAUUAUUGAUUUUAAAUAAUUUAAAAUGUGAUCUUGAUUUGUAAAAAGAAGAAAGAGAAAAAGAAGAGAAACAAACAACAGAAUAAUGAUGUAAUUCCGCUGAAAUGUCAUAACUAUUUUAACGACUAUGCUUUUAUUGAAAUUAUGUUGUCUAAACCUGUUAACGGUUUCUAUUUUGUGCUUAUCUACGAGUGAAAUAGAAGCUGAAAAAAGUGGCUGGAGUUUCGAUCCGAAUACGCAGUACCAUAUUCAAACGGACGAAGGGCCUGAAAGGUUCUUUCGCUUUCAGACGUUAAAUGGACAAUACAGAAAGGAAAAAAGAUUAACUGAUGGUACAGUAAUUGGUACAGAGGGUUGGUUAGAUCCUCUUGGAUACUUACGUCUCAAGGAUUAUAUAGCGGACAAUAACGGGUUUCGAAUUCUAAGGUCAAAAAUGGUCUAUGUGGGCAAAAACAGACCCAUCUACGAUGCUGUAACGGAAGCAAAACGAGUGCCUGCUCAAAGUGGAAUUCUUGCAAAACCAACACGUCCGCCAAAUCCUUUCAGGCGACCGGAAACAGAACACGUUGUUCCUUUGCUAGGCAACGACAUAAGUUCUGAUUACUAUGUCACCACUACUGCGAAACCUCAAGCGGACUACUCCUCUCUGUCCGAUUCAAACAGUUAUUACUACAACCCGAGUCGAGCGAGUUCCUCGUCGAAUGUCGACAAUUUAAAUAACUACUCUCGAUCUAGGAAUACGUAUCACAAUUUCCCCGUUACUCGAAACGGACGUCUGAAGCCGAGCUUCCAAGCACGAAACAAUCCAACGACGUUCCCCGAAUACGAUGGAACCUACAAGACUGCCAACGGAUUUCAGUAUUACUUGAAGAGACAAUACCACGAAGAGGAACAAGAGUCGAAUGGAGCCAACGUCGGUUCCUUUGGUUAUAUCGAUCCGUUUGGCAUUAGAAGGGUGAUAUAUUUCAAAACAGACCCGCAAACUGGUGGUUUUCUGCAUAAGAAGAACAACAAGUACGUAGGAUUCGACUCGACUCCUUACGACCCGUCGUUACCUAAAACGUACAGGUACAAUUGAGACGUUUGUUUGUCAAAUCGAUUAGCUCCACAAAACGAAGGGCAGAAAAAGUGAAUGAAAUUUCUAAAAAUUUACCCCUGAAGAAGAGCUUCUUUUGGAAUGAAACUUACAUUGAAAUCUUUUGGAUAUAAAAUAUUAAGAGUAUUAGUAUCUCGGCACUCUAAGAAGGAAAAUCGAGAAUUCUUUUCGAAGGGGUUCCCCUCACACGAGUGUGAUCUCAUCUCAAGCAUUAUCGUCUGUUUUAGCACAGAAUGCGCUGCGUCACUCUGCGAAUCUUUCCAGGAAAGAUCUAUUAAAGUGUACCCAGAAACGCCAAAAGCUAGCUCCUCCUCUCCAAUUCUGUACUCUUUUCUUUUUCUAUAUCCUUUCUUUUCUUACAACAUAGUAAUGGAGAAUGUCAUUGAUCCUCCAUUUAUUCUGAGUUUAGCCCCUGCUAGCUAAAAAUCUGAGGGUAGCUAGAUUGUUAUAUAAUCGUUGUAAUCGUUUGAGCACACAUUCGACAUUCAACUGCAUUCAAUUGACAUUAAUUGUCCUAAUAUUAUUCUUGAUAAUUAUUCUUGGUCGUGUCUUGGCAAAGUGUGGACUACAACUUUCUUGCAGAAAUCGUUUCUUAUUGUCAAUUGUGAUUUAGAUGUUAAAUUUCCAUUUGUUGUUCUAGUUUCCUUUUGAUUUGUUUUUUUAGAACAAGGAUAGUUUCUACAGAAAAAAUAAAAUAUUGUUAUGUUUGUUUGAAAUAUAUUGCAAACUAGAAUCAGCGAUUUCAGUUGAAUUCUCUUGUACAAAAGAUUUCAAUGUUUUUAAAUAAUGUUUCUUUGAAUACUUGGGUUUGAUUCGAAAUUUGUUUUGACCAGGGGUAGUAGAAAAUACUAGUGGUAGCCCUUUAAGAUCUAAUUCGUAAUUUAAAAGUAUUCUGAAUUUUUGUUUUCAAUAAGACUAAGUUUGAAUUUAUAUUCAAAUUACUAACACUAUUACACUUAAAAUUAGAAUUUGAAAGUAAUUUUAAUUAUUCCUUAAAGAUCUAUCGUUGAUUCUUUAAUCAGAGGUAUAAAUUGAAAAUAGAAAUAACACGCGGGGAUGAUAUAUCAUACAUUGACGAGUUAUCUCGUGUGUCUUUUAUUAGAAUCAAAGGAAGAGAAAAAGAUGCAAAAUAUUGUUAUUGCCACGCAUAGUGUUGGCAGAGUUGGGUAUUAGUCGAUUUUUAGUUUCAUUGACUGAUUAAUGUUCAUUUAUGAUUAAAAUUAAUCGUAAUGAUUAAAUAAAUUUUAUUCUUUGUUUUCAACCAGAGAUGACAAAUAACAGUUAUCCCAGAAAUUUUUAUGAAAAAGAAUCAGCAACUGAAACUCAUUUAUGUUAAAGUUAAUGUUAUUAAUCUCAAGAUGUAAAAAGAAUUUUUCAAAAAACCACA